CAGACAAUGAAACAUAACAACCCUGGUAGCUCACCAAACAGGGCUAAUAACAAUAACAACAACAAUGGCGUAAAUAAUAUUAUUAAUAAUAUUAAUAACAAUGAUAAUAAUAUAGAUAAUAAUAAUAAUCAUAGUGAUAGUGGCUACAUCACCAACAUACACAGCAGCAUCAACAAUAACAACAUAAUCAACAACAACAAAAAGAAUACUAUAUUACCAUUCACUAGAUUUAUGGGAGCGGAUCAGGAACCUACGAACAGACUUCCAAUGCUCAGUAACUUGGUCACACCGCCAUCAUCAACUCGCGGUGGAUUUGCACCUGGCCAAUUCCCAUUCAGCGUGUAUAGUAGUAGUAGUAGUAAUAGUAGUAGCGGCGGUGGCAACGAUGUCAGUCGCAUACCAUCCUCCAUUCUGCGGUCGCCCCUGCCGCCACCGACGUCAUCAAUUUCCUCCAACUAUCACAGCAGUAGCAGCAGCAGUACAUCGAUGAACAGCCCAACCUCACCCAGAGGAUACCCCAGCAGCAGCAGCAACAACAACACAAUUAGCAUUAGUGGUAGCGGUAGUAGUAGCAGCAACAAUCUCACACUCAACAAACCAACACUGCCGCACUUCCAGAGUGCCGCCACCUCACCGAAAUCACCAGACACCCUCGAAUCAUUUUCCACCUCAUCUACAUCAACAUCCACCUCCCUCUCCUCCUCCGCGUCCAGUCUACCAUUUAUCACCAAUCUAAAACGAGAAGACAACAACAGCAACAACAACAACAACUUGACACUUCCAUCCUUUCCCUACACAUCACUUCAUCAUAGUAGAGAGCUGAGCCCUCAACAAAACUCCUCGCCGCCCGACACCAACGUCAACUCUGAUAAUGAUGACCCUGACUCGCCCGAGCUCGUGUACAGCAAUAGUGUACCCGGCUCCAACCAGAAGAAGAGACGUCCACCCCGCGACUCCAUCGUCAAGAAGGGCACGCGAGUCGUGACCACGUCCGCCAAGAAGAAGUCGCGCCAGAUGGACCCCAUGUCAAUCAAGAUUGGCCAGCACGUCAACGAACCGCUCUCAAUGCGCAGCACCGCACCCUUCCCCGCAUUCUUCAUCCAGAACGGCAACGUGCCAUCGAUCGAGCUGUUCAUCACUGGCUCAUUCAUGAAUCAACUGGGCGAGCAUGGCGUCGCUCAGAACCUCACCGUCAUUGCCAUGCCCAAGAACUCCGAGGACUUUGACCUGACGCACAAUAUUGCCAACGUGAGCCACACCGGCCUGGCCACAUUCUCUGGCAUGUCGGCGCACCGUCUGCUCGACACCAAGGAGCUGGUGAUCGAGUUCAUCCUAUACGACAAGUCGCGCGGCGCGCCCCUCAAGCAACUGAUGACGCUCGACUCCACGCCCAUGGUCUGCUACAACAACACCAAGGAUAUCCCGCCUCCCACCGUCAACAAGUUCUACUUGGAGAGCAAGGACUUUGAGAAGAACGGAAUGGCCCGCGUCUGUAUUGGCGCCGAUCGUCUCAAGUGGGGAUCGACCAACCUGCUGUCGCUCUACAUUGUCAGCCGCCACGAUCAUCGCGUCAAGAAGAUCGUCUUCCAGAACGAGAUGUACCAAGGCGACAAGCUCAAGUCGAUGGCGCACUUUGAGUUGGAGCCCACCUACAUUGAUGGCAACCACAUGCUAUACACCAGCUACACCAAGAAGACCGAGGUGGAGCGCGAGCUUCUCUCACGUCUUGGUCAAAAGAUCAACUUCCAGGAUCCAUCCUUCAGCAACCCAUUCCCAAUACCCAGCAUCAACACUCUAGUGAACGAG